ACCUGCUCGGGUUCCCGGACCCAUAGGGUUGCAACCUGUUCAUGACGUCAGGACCAGUUGUUUUGGUGCCUCUCUUUAAUCGGAGGCGUCACACUUCCACCGGAGCCGAAAUGGAUCCAUUCAUGCACCGCGUUGGUCCUCCCGUAGCCACGACGCCCCGUGUCGGGGACUCUCCGGUGCCCGACCGCUGCUGUUCAGAGCAGCACUGACAUGGAAACCCCAUUACAUCUGCACAACGAUUUCUAUCACGAGCCGCAACAGCAACGGCAGCAGCAACAGCAGCGGCAGCAGCACUACUGCAGGCGCGGGGAUCGCUCCACUAAGCAGUACGAGCGGGGCUGCACCUGCAGCCACUGUGCAGUAUAUGAUGCGAGGAGAGGCGACGUCGUCCGCGGGACAUCGCCGACCACCGGGGCGGCAACUUUGAGGACGCCCUCGGUCACGUCUUCCCGGCGAGGCGGUCAGUCCCAUAGCGUCUGCGAGCUCACUCCUGCUUCCAGCCAUGGUAGUUCAUCCAGACACCAUCCUCCUCCGCCGCCUCCUCCACCUCCUCCACCUCCUCCUCCUCCUCCUCCUCCCCCUCCUCAGCAGCAGCAGCGGGGCAGCCUGGGCAGCAGCCACGAAGAGAGUAACUCCUGUAACGCAAUGAGCAGCUGCAGAUACAACGGCGGCGUGAUGCGUCCGCUGAGCAACUUGAGCUCGUCCCGCAGAAACCUACACGAGUUCGAUUCCGAGUCCCAGCCUCUGCAGCCCAUUUCCACGGCGGAUGCGUCGGACACUCUAGCGUCUAAGCCUGACAACAACUCCACCACCCUGAUGCCGUACUCAUCGGGGGAAGGGGGUGGCGGCGGACACAGUGGCGGCAAAUCGGGGAAAAAGAAGAACCAGAACAUAGGGGAGAAGCUUGGGCACCGGAGGGCCCUGUUCGAGAAACGGAAGAGACUCAGCGACUACGCGCUGAUCUUCGGGAUGUUUGGGAUAGUUGUUAUGGUUAUAGAGACGGAGCUCUCAUGGGGAGCCUACGGGAAGGAGUCCUUGUACUCGUUGGCUCUGAAAUGCCUGAUAAGCCUUUCUACCAUCAUCCUGCUUGGGCUGAUCAUCAUCUACCACGCCAGAGAGAUCCAGCUGUUCAUGGUGGACAAUGCGGCGGACGACUGGCGCAUCGCCAUGACGUACGAGCGCAUCUUCUUCAUCUGCCUGGAGAUCCUGGUGUGUGCCAUCCACCCCAUCCCGGGGAACUACACCUUCACCUGGACGGCGCGGCUGGCCUUCACCUACAUGGCCUCCAAGACGGACGCCGACGUGGACAUCAUCCUCUCCAUCCCCAUGUUCCUGCGGCUGUACCUGAUCGCCCGCGUCAUGCUGCUGCACAGCAAGCUGUUCACGGACGCCUCGUCGCGCAGCAUCGGCGCGCUCAACAAGAUCAACUUCAACACGCGCUUCGUCAUGAAGACGCUCAUGACCAUCUGCCCCGGCACCGUGCUGCUGGUCUUCACCAUCUCACUGUGGAUCAUCGCCGCCUGGACCGUCAGGGCCUGCGAGAGAUACCACGACAACAUGGACAUAACCAGCAACUUUCUAGGAGCCAUGUGGUUGAUCUCCAUCACAUUCCUCACCAUCGGAUAUGGGGACAUGGUCCCCAACACGUACUGUGGCAAGGGAGUGUGCCUCCUCACAGGCAUCAUGGGGGCCGGCUGCACUGCCCUGGUGGUGGCUGUGGUGGCCAAGAAGCUGGAGUUAACCAAAGCUGAGAAGCACGUCCACAACUUCAUGAUGGACACACAGCUAACAAAAAGAGUGAAAAACACGGCGGCGAAUGUUCUCAGGGAGACGUGGCUGAUCUACAAGAACACCAAGCUGGUGCGGAAGAUGGACCACGCCCGGGUCCGCAAGCACCAGAGGAAGUUCCUGCAAGCCAUUCACCAAGCUCGGAAAUUAAGAAGUGUUAAAAUGGAGCAACGCAAGCUGAAUGACCAAGCAAACUCACUAGUGGACCUGGCCAAGACCCAGAACGUCAUGUACGACAUGAUAUCGGACCUGAACGAGCGCGGGGAGGACAUGGAGAAGAGGAUAGCGCUGCUGGAGGCCAAGCUGGAGACGUUGCUAGGCAACCUGCAGGCUCUGCCGGGGCUCAUCAGUCAGGUGAUCAGCCAGCAGCACAGAGACUUCCUGGAGGUGCAGCUGCAACCCUACGACAAACACAGCCCCGACCGCUCGCAGUCGGUGUCGCGGAGGCGCUCGUCCUCCACGGCCCCGCCCACCUCCUCUGAGAGCAGCUAAGGGUCCCGUGAAGAGGAAGAGGAGGAGGAGGAGGUGCAGCCGCAGGAGGUGUCGGAGGAGGGGCAGGAGGAGGAGGGGGGUGGGGGUCUCUUCCACUGCUGGAGACGUUUGCCAUCAUAUGGCCGAGUUGCAUUUAUCGUAAAGCCUUAUGGUUUCAGUAAGUUUUAUCCCAAAAAUUCUGAUGACAGAAUCAAGAGAUCGGAUUGUGAUGCACAUACGAUGCGUUCUCACAAUGGAUAACUUCAUGCUGUUAUUUAUUUUUUAUUACCUCAAAAGCAGAGUUGUUAUCCACUGGUGACUUGACCGCGAAUAAUGGCGCUGUCCUCAGUCAAAUAUCAACCUUUAUUUAAAAAAAGGAACCGAUGGGAAGACGACACAACUCCAUCUCUAUGCAGAGGUAUAGCCAGUUCUAGGUAGCGAGGUUACCACGUGUGAAAAUAUUGCACUAAAAUAGUGCUUUCCACAGACUCUUUUUUGUGCUUUUUUCUGGCUUGAAUCAGAUGCAGUGUUCCUCAAAGUAAACUGAGAAACCGGGCAGCCUGUUAGCCAGAGAGCUUCACAGUAACACUUCUCUUGAGGAAAAUAAAACGCUGGACUAACGUGACCACAAGAAGGCAGAAGACCAUCCUCCACUCUGCCACUCAGAGAAACCUUAUGAAGCUUGUAAUGAGGAUGGGGGGGAAAUGCAUAUAUCUUUUAGGUUAGAAUACAACACUAACCCCUACUAUAGCGGUCUUCCAUGUCAAGAGUGCCCCACUAGAAUGACUAUUUUUGGGGAGACAUUGCUAAACAAUUUAAUCCUCUAGUCAGAAUUAAUGCAUCGGAAUCUGUACUUGCACUUACUUUUUAAUCAAUGCACUUCAAUGCUGACUGACGUAUUAUUAUAAGGAUGCGUUGCUGAUGAAAAGACAAACAUUAGAGAUGUUUGGGCAUGGGUUUAUUAUCUUGUUUCUCCAGCUAAUGGCUGAUUGGUUGAAAGGGGUUGUUUCCAACGAGGAAGCAGUUCCUUGCCGGGGUCAACUGAAAUGCAAACCAACUCAAUGUAACGUGAAUGUCUUAGCCCCUGUCCUGUGCCAUCUAUGCUAACUGUCACCCCCUCAGCCGGGCAACAAUAUGCUGAGAAGUAUGUUACCAAAACCACAUCUACCUUUUAAGAAAAAAACAUAUUUUUAUAUUUUCAACGGGAGAAGCACACCUCUUGCAAGAACAGCAAAACCACGAGAUAAUGAGGGGUACAAAUGGACAGUGUCAGCAUAUAUUGCAUAUGUGUCAACAUAUCGGACAGGGGUUAAAAUAUGAUAAGGACAUCUAUUUGGUUCAUCUGACCUCAACAGCCUAAUCAUAUAAUGUGUCGUGUUUUAUUUCAGAUAUCAUUCAUAUCAAAUACAUCGGACUUCAUUGUUGGUAAAAAAAAAAAAAGUUGAAUGUAACGGUUUUAAGUUGAUAGUUUUGUGUGGCCUGUAAUUUUUAUCCUACCCAACAGCUAAGAAUGAUCCUGGUAAUAUACUGUAUCUUAAACCAAACUUCUGAAACUUCACAAGCUCGUCUAAACUCUCUCCAUGUCGACCCUUAAACAGUAUUUAGACAACAGUUGUUAAGAGCAUUUUAGUGAAUCACUUCUCUGGUGACGGUCACCUGUCCAGUCCAUUCUCCAACCAUGUUUUUAGCACAACCGACUCAUUAGGUUAACCAGUCAGUCAAAAACCAAAUACCACAAGGAUUAUAGAUGUUCAGUUCAGGAACUCCAGCAACAUAGAAACCAAUGAGAGGUUAUACUGUAUGCGAAUAAGAUAUUAAACAAUAAAAUAAUACUGUCUGGUGAA